CAUCAAUGAAGUAGGAAGUAGGCUUAUGAGGCCGGAGUUAUUCACAACAACGAUUCCCGAAUUGUUGUGACUUUUGGCGGUGUGCUAAUUUAUAAUCUAGCAAUAGAUUUCCCAGGGUUACUAAAAUGUGGCCAUGUGUCUCAUAGUUUUAGACUGCAGCACCUAAAGCAAGUGCAAUAAAAUUCUAUAAACUGCAAGAUGAGUAACAGAAAAGUAAAUUACUUCUACGAUCACGAUGUUGGGAACUUUCACUAUGGACCUGGACAUCCGAUGAAACCACAUAGACUGUCAGUGAUUCACAGUUUAGUCAUGAACUAUGGCUUGCACAAAAAAAUGGAGAUUUACCGACCUUACCGAGCAACUUCCUUAGACAUGUGUCGCUUUCAUUCGGAAGACUACAUAGAGUUCUUGCAAAGAGUAACGCCACAGAAUCUACAAGGGUAUACCAAGUUCCUUACUCAGUGUAAUGUGGGGGACGAUUGCCCAUUGUUUGACGGACUCUUUGACUUUUGCUCUAUGUACACUGGUGCGUCUCUGCAAGGUGCGACAAAGUUGAAUCAUAAUUCUUGCGACAUCGCAAUUAAUUGGUCAGGUGGGUUGCAUCAUGCAAAAAAAUUUGAAGCGUCAGGGUUUUGUUAUGUGAAUGACAUAGUAAUCGCUAUUCUUGAACUUUUGAAGUAUCACGCUCGAGUGCUGUAUAUUGAUAUUGACGUGCAUCACGGUGACGGCGUGCAAGAGGCGUUUUACCUCACUGACCGAGUAAUGACAGUUUCAUUUCAUAAGUUUGGGAAUUUCUUUUUCCCCGGGACAGGGGACAUGUACGAAAUCGGAGCAGAGAAUGGUAGGUAUUAUUCCCUCAAUGUUCCGCUGAAGGAAGGUAUAGACGACACAAGCUACUACCAAGUAUUCCAGCCAGUAAUACAGUAUGUGAUGGACUUCUAUCGUCCGACAGCUAUUGUGUUACAGUGUGGUGCAGACUCACUGGCUGGAGACAGGCUAGGUUGUUUUUGUUUGAGCACCAAAGGACAUGGUGAGUGUGUGAAAUUUGUCAGAGAUUUGAACGUACCUUUGCUGGCCGUUGGGGGAGGGGGUUACACGUUGCGUAAUGUCGCACGUUGUUGGACUUAUGAGACCUCCUUAUUGGUUGAUGAACCGAUCAGUAACGAGUUACCUUAUACAGAAUACCUCGAAUACUUCGCUCCCGAUUUUACUCUUCAUCCCGACAUCGUGACAAGACAAGACAACGCUAACAGUAAGCAGUACUUGGAAACGAUCGUGAAAAACGUGUACGACAACUUGAAGUUGUUACAGAAUUCACCGAGUGUUCAGAUGCAAGACGUUCCUGGUGAUGCUUUCCCAGACAUGGCCAACAAUAAUGUUGAUGACAAAGAUCCAGAUGUGAGAAUAACGAAGGAAGAAGAAGAAGCUAAAAUCGAGCCUGUAAAUGAGUUUUAUAAUGGUGAUAAAGAUCAAGAUGGUGAAGAGGUAUCGACUACGUAGUCCAACACUGGUGGAAAAGCUGCUGAGAAAAAUCUGCCUCUAAAAACAAAAGUGUAAAACAGUAAAAUGAAACAGUAGAAAAACUGUUAAGUGGUACAUAAUCAUGUAAAGACUGAAUUACAAUAGGUACUGUUCUAGGUACUUUAGUAACAAGGUUAUGUCUGCCCUCCUCUUGGUUAGUGUUUGCAAAUAAUAAUGAUGACAACAUAAAUGCUUAGACACAAAAAGUACUAUACCUUUUUGUAAAGCUUCUUUUUAUAUUACUAUACAUAAGAGAACAGAGAGGAAGAUGCUGGGUGUUUAAGCUAUUCCUUAUUUAUGUAUUAUAUGGUAUUAUUAAUCACAUUUGAAUGUUGUACUUUAUGUACUCAAAAGUUAAUUUUUAUACAAAACGUUAUUACUUACAACCAAGAUUUUACAUUAUUAUGUAUAUAUUUGUAUAAUUUUUAUUUUAUCAUACGAUCAAUGCAGUUAUUAUCACCAACUUUAUAUGUUUUUAUUGUGUUUUUGUUUUAAUUAUGUUAAUAUUUUUUAUUAGGCUAGAUGUAUACUAUAGGAAUAUUUAUAUUUUAUUGGUAACUUUCUAUUUAUCAAUGGAAAUGUUUACAAAUUAUAAUAACUAGGCCUAUGCUAUCAUAUUUAUUUUUUGUUUUUACACCGAAUGGUUCUGGAUCAGCCUCAGAAAAAAUCACAGUUUUUAUAAGAAACAUUGUACAGUAAUCUUAAUGUAAUCUUAUAAUCAAAGUAGACUACAAA